GUUUACCUCAUCAUCAUUGAUCAUCAUCGUGAUUCGUGACAGCCAGGAAAAUCAACACAAAAAUGUUUGACAGUUGUUGCAUGCAAAACAUGACCGAUUGUAUACUUGAUUAUUAAAAAAUAAACACAUCAAUUAUUUACGGUUUUUUGUUUUUGUUUUUGUUGGUGUUUCAACAUAACCAUAUAAUGAUAUUUUUAAUGCUACUGAAAAAUGCAUCUGGUGAUUCAUUAAGACUGUUUGCCUACUUGUCAAGGAGCUAGUCUUUUAAACCUCACAAUAACAAAUAAAUAAUAAUAUUGAUACUUUUAAUUUAAAAAAAAAAAAAUGUUGCCUGGUAUUGGAUUAUUUGGUACCAACAGUGUUGUCAAAGUAAUUGUACCAUUUCUACGUGAAAAAGGUUUUAAAAUUGAAGCAAUUUGGGGUAGAACACUUGCUGAAGCUGCUGAAAUUUCAAAAGAAUUUGAUAUACCAUUUUAUACAUCAAGAAUUGAUGAUGUGUUACUACGUAAAGAUGUUGAUCUUAUAUUUAUAAUAUGUUCACCAAGUUUACAUGCACAAAUUGCUGUUAAAGCAUUGGGAAUUGGUAAACAUGUUGUAUGUGAUAAACCAGCUGGUUUAAGUCAAAGUGAAGCAUUAAAAAUGGUUAGAGCUGCACAGUAUUAUCCAUCAUUGAUUAGUAUUGUUAAUCACAGUUUAAGAUUUCUUCCUGCAUUUGUUAGAAUGAAAAGUGCCAUUGAAGAUGGUUAUUUAGGUGGACCAGUUACAAUUGUUGAUAUAAGAGUUCAAAUGGGAAGUCUACUUCGUAAUGGAUAUGACUGGUUGUGUGAUGAUACAAUGGGUGGAGGUAUUUUAGCACUUGUUGGUAGUCAUGUUAUUGAUUUAGUAUUUCAUUUGAUAAAUCAAAAAGCAUUACGUGUACAUGCUGUUGUUAAAACAUUUACACAAACAACUAAAAAUAUUAAUGGUAUACGUCGUGUAACAUCACCAGAUUUUUGUACAUUUCAAAUGGAAUUAACAAAUGGUACAUUUGUAACAGCAACAUUGAGCAAUCAUUUACGUGGUAAAUUAACACAAGAAGUUAUUGUUUGUGGUACAAAUGGUCAUCUUGUUGUACGUGGUGGUGAUUUACAUGGUUGUAAAAAUAAUCAAGAAGAAGUAUUAUAUCGUGAUAUGGAAAAUAUUAAUGAAACAUAUAAUGGUAUAUCUGAUUCAAUACCAAGACCAUAUGUUAAAGGUUUAAAAAAAAUGAUUGGUGCAUUGAGAGAAGCAUUUCAACCAGUUGAAGAUAAAAGAGGAUGGAUUAAAGAACCAGUAUCACGUGCAGCUACGUUUGAUGAUGGUUUAUAUAUACAAGCUGUUAUUGAUGCACUUAAACAAAGUAAUAAACGUAGAGAAUGGACUAAAGUUACAAUACUUACUGAAGAACCAGAUCCAAAUCCAAUAUUAAGUGCUGCUGUACGUGCAACAGCAAUAUCAAUUUAAGACUUUAAUUAUUAUUAUUGUGACCGCUCUUGGUUGUGGAAGAAUUUCAUUUUCAGUAUUAAUAAGAAUUAACAUAAUUGAAAAAAAAAAAACAGAUAAAUAUGGGAAAAAAUGGUUGUAAACAAUUGAUAUUAGUCAAAUCAAUUUAUCAAUGAACAAAAAAAUUUAAAAGUAUAUUUUAAUUAUUUAGAUAAAAAAUACUUUUUAUAUAUUUCACUGACACAACUGAUUUUUCAUUACAAUUAUUAUAUUAAUUUUUUUUUUUUCUAUUUAUUAUAAAUAUAUUAUUAAGAGUUUAAUACCAUACAUAUAAAUUUUUUUAACAAAAACAAAUUUCAAAUUAUUUUUAUAAUUAACUGUUUUUUAGUUAGUUUUAUUAUGGUACUGAGUUGAAUAUAUAUUUAAAAAUGAUAUAAUUCAUAGAGUUAUUGUUAUUAAAAUUAAUUAUAUUUUUUUUUUUAAUUGAUUGAUUUUAUCAAUCUUCAAUGGCAACUUGUACACUUGAAAAUAAUUAAAUUGUUUACACAUUGUUAAACACAUUAAAACAAUAUUAAAUAUAAAAAAAAAAAUUGUUUAUUUAAAAAUAACUUGUGGUUAAUUAUAAUUUGUUUAAAUAAUCAAAUUUUUCAGAUAGAAUUAAAUAAUAAAUUGAAUAAUUAAUUUAUUACUAAUCAACAGUUUUUUGUCAACAAAUAGUUUAAUUAUUUUGUUUAUUUUGUUGAUUAAUUGUAUAAAAAUUGAACCAUUUUAUUAUUAUUAUAAAUAAUAUUCAAACAAAUUUUAAUUCAAGAGUUGUAUGAAGAU